AUGGCCCCGGACAAGUCCAAGAAGGCAAAGGCGCACGUUGUGGGGCCGGGCGCGGCAGCUCGGGCAUGCUUGAUGCCGCCGACCCAGGACGAGUUGGCCGAGCGGCCCGCCAAGGAGAAGGCUGGCUCCGACCGGCCCCGCGCUCAGUUGACAACGGUGCCCCAGACGCUCGCUGGGACAGUUAUCGCAGCCGCUGGGACCGUUAUCGCAGCUGUCCAGCUGCAGCAAGCCAAGAACGACGCGGAGCGGGCCAAGCGCGACUCAGAGCGGGCCUUCCGCGAGUCACCUGAAGGGCGACUGCAGGAGGCAGUGCGAGCCCUGAUGCGCCCGCGCAUCCCCACCAAGAUGCCCAAGGAGCAGGUCGUGCAGCGCAAGGUCAUUGCAGACAUCAAGAGCAGGAUUAGCUCAUGGGAGGAGCAUGCGACCGUGGUCACCGGCCGCUUCGGCUGCGGCAAGUCGGUGGCCGUGCAAGAGGCCCUCCGCGGCCUUCCGGGCACCUACGUCCACACCGUGGAGAACGCAGAGUGGAAGUCCACCCUUUACGAGAAACUGCACCUGGACGGGCCCGGCAUGCUCGAAGAGCUCUUCACUCGGGUCGCCACGGAGCUGGUUUUGGAUCCCGAGGCCCUGUCCAAGGUGCCGAUCCUGGUGUUGGACAUUCCGCGAGAGACGACCCAAGGCAUGAGUCUCGUGUCGAACUUCGCGAAGGAGAUGUCCACGGACCAGAUGGGCAGCGCGGUGCACGUUAUCGUCUGUGCCUCCUCCGCAGGCACGGCUAUGACCUUCGAUGCUGGAGGUGCCCCGCGACAGGUGAACAUCUGGGUCGAGGAUCUCACUGAGGAGGAGGCUCAGCAGAUGCUGGAGCUGAAGGGGCACGCGGAGGACUGGAAGCAGUUCACGGCCGCUUGUGGCCUCAACGCGUUGGACCUAGCCAUUGCCUGCCGAGACUACACCGGCCCCAGCUUCCUGGAGACGACGAGGCGCCAGCAGGAGGCCACGGCCUAUGAGGAAGCGCUGACUUUCUACAAGGAAUGUAAGAUGCAAAACGUGGACACCGUCUCCCUGGUCGGCGCCAACAUCCUCGAGGCCCUGUUGGCCAACCGCAAACGCGAGGACGGUCAUGGCGUCGGCAAGCCCGGAACGGCCGCAGAGCCGAAGGAGGUCACUCAGUGGAUGAGGCAGAAGGGCUGCCACCCGAUCAUUUGGCAUACAACACACAAGAAGUACAAGUUUGCGUCGGAGCGCCACGCACAAGCCGCGGCCGCAAUUUUGAACCGACGCCGGUGCUGA